AUGAGCCCAUGCCGUCAUACAUGUUGGCUUAAACCAUGGAGCCUGGGCAUAGAAAGGGGCGUAGAAGUGACAGACCGACCUCAAAAGAUCUUGAAGGAGUUCAAAGAUCCCAAUACUGAGAGUGCUGGCCUCCUGGUGUUAAUCGGAAAUCAAUCGAAGCAGACGGCUUUCAAGAAGCUAAGUUUCCAGACGGGCAGGAUCCAGGCGAGGACGGGCGGUGAAAUUCAUCUGCUCGCUUCAUCAUUGAAAGAGAACCGCCAUAAGCGCAUCAUUAUAGCGGAUACUGAUGUGUCCGGUCGGCAGCCCAAGCCGCCAUCAUUAAGCUCCAGUCCUUGUCACGCUAUCAAAGUCCUGACUGACACGACACAACACGUUGCUGAUGAGGCACCCAACUAUGAAAACCUUUUACAGAAAUCCCUGUUUGCAUCUGCUGAUGUUAUAUGCAUAUUCGUCGAUGAUUUAGGAGAGUUUGAUGAGUCGCUGAAACGAUUACAUUUCUGGCUCCGAAAUGGACCACCAUCGAGUAGCCCACAUUCGACUGCCACCAGGUUUUCCAUGAACUUUAUGAAGAUCCUUGCUUCCAAGCCAGCUCAGGACUUGCAUCAAGUUCUAAGAAGUUAA